AUGGCCAUUUUCAAUCGGCCCCGAUCCGUCCAGUCCAAUGCGUUGCUCUCUCAGAACCCGAUGGCGGCCGCCAUGACGGCGACAUCCUCGUCGACCUUUACCGUUAGCGAUCACUCCCAACAUCCACCAUUCUUCCACUUGGUGCUGCUUGUCUUUGAAGCGGUGUUGGAGGUCAUCUGCGUCAGUCUUCCGGGUUACUUCGCGGCUCGCCAGGGCAUGUUCGAUGCCGAAGCUCAGAAGCUGGUCGCCAACCUUAAUGUGACCCUGUUCACUCCCUGCCUCAUUUUCAUCAAAUUGGGGUCGCAAUUGACCGCCGAAACCCUCGCCGAUCUCGCAAUCAUCCCCGUCAUUUUCAUCGUGCAGACGGCCGUCUCCUACCUAUGUGCUUUUGUGAUGGCACGAUGUUUCCGCUUCGAGAAGCGCCAGUCUAACUUUGUCGCUGCCAUGGCGGUUUUCGGCAACUCCAAUUCGCUGCCCAUCUCCCUCGUCAUGUCCCUGUCGCAAACUCUCUCCGGCCUCCACUGGGAUCGCAUACCGAACGAUAACGACGAAGAGGUGGCCGCGCGAGGUAUUUUGUACUUGCUGAUCUUCCAGCAGCUGGGACAGCUGGUGCGCUGGAGCUGGGGAUAUCAUAUUCUCCUGGCACCCAAGGAACGCUACCUGGAGGAUGUCGAGCGGGAGGAGACGGGCCACACUCGGAUCGAGCAGGGCCGGGAGCGCUACAGUGACAACCCGGACCAGACCGACCCCGACGAGCCGCUCGUGCGCACGCGCAGCUCCGGGGAGCUUCACCCUUCUUCCAGGGGCAGUGAUCACUUUGCUUAUUCCGGCGACAUCACUCCUGUCUCAACGCGCGCCCACCCCCAUAGCAAGGGAUCGUCUAUACACUCCGGAUGCUCGGCCAACCGGCAUGAGGAUGGAGAGGACGAGGACUGGGAGGCUACGCAGCCCGUCUUGGGUCCACCCCCACGAGGUCCUUUCCUGCCCCGACGAAACACCGGAGCUGGCAUGCUCUCGUUUCCCGACGUGGAGUCGACCGCGCGCGAAUGUGAUGUGGAAGAUACAACAUUUGUGCAACGUUGCAAGAGCUACGCCCACCGUUCUGGCCAACGCAUGCGACGUGGCUGGGACAAGAAGACGAAUGUCGUGUACAGACGGCUGCCGACUCCCGUCCAAAAGGGUCUAUCAACCCUGACUCGUGGAGUCACCCGAUUUUUGCACGGCCUUUGGGACUUUAUGAACCCUCCCCUCUGGGCGAUGUUGAUCUCGAUCAUCGUGGCCUCGGUCCCCUCGUUGCAAAGCCUUUUCUUUGACGAAGGGUUUGUGCGAAACUCGGUGACUCGUGCGGUCGACCAGAAUGCCAAGGUUGCAGUCCCUCUCAUCCUUGUCGUUCUCGGCGCCAAUCUCGCUCGCAAUACCCUGUCCGAGGAGCACUUGGCCGAUAUGGAACAUCCGAGUGCCGAGCGCAAGCUCAUCAUUGCCUCGCUGGUCGCCCGUAUGCUUCUUCCCACCUUGAUCAUGGCGCCUCUCCUGGCACUCACGGCCAAAUUCGUGCCCGUGAGCAUUCUUGACGACCCGAUUUUCAUCGUCGUGUGUUUCCUGUUGACGGGUGCCCCCUCGGCACUGCAAUUGGCGCAAAUAUGUCAAAUCAACAACGUCUACGUGGGCGCCAUGUCCAAGUUGCUUUUCCAGAGUUAUGUCGUGUGGAUCUUGCCCUCCACCCUCAUCCUGGUCAUGUGUGCCCUGGAAGUCCUCGAAUGGGCGACCUAA